AUGACAGAGGCAGUGAUAAGAAACAAGCCAGGGAUGGCGAGCGUCAAGGACAUGCCGGUUCUCCAGGACGGUCCCCCGCCGGGUGGGUUCGCUCCGGUCCGAUACGCUCGUCGGAUCCCCAACAAGGGUCCCAGCGCAGUGGCUAUUUUCUUGGCUGCCUUUGGUGCCUUCUCUUGGGGCAUGUACGAGGUCGGCAAGGGCAACAAGAUCCGAAGGGCCAUUAAGGCUGAAAAGUAUGCUGCUCGCAGAGCAAUACUCCCGGUGCUUCAAGCUGAAGAAGAUGAAAGAUUUGUCAAAGAGUGGAAAAAGUACCUUGAUUAUGAGGCUGAAGUUAUGAAGGACGUGCCUAAUUGGAAAGUUGGUGCGAGUGUCUACAACUCUGGGAGAUGGAUGCCCCCAGCAACUGGCGAGUUGCGCCCUGAAGUUUGGUGA